AUGAAACAAUCCUUUUAAAUCAAAUCAGACAUGUAUUUAUUAUUAUAUACUUUUAAGAUAACUUUGCUUUAAAAUUGUGUUUUUGGGAUCUAGUUCGGUUGGGAAAACAUCUAUAAUUAAGAGAUUCCUUAAAAAUGAAUUUGCAAUGAAAUCUAUGAGUACUGUAGGAGUAGCAUGUGUAUUAAAUUUUGCUUUAGUUAAGGAAUCAAAAGUAAUUACUAUAAACAACCAAUAAGUAAAGGUGUAAUUAUGGGAUACUGCAGGAUAAGAGAGAUUUAGAUCUUUGACUAAGAAUUAUUAUAGAGGUUGUGAUGCAGUAGUGAUAGUUUAUGACAUAUCAAAUAUGAAAAGUUUUGAUUAAGUAAAUGGAUGGAUAGCUGAUUUUGAAGAGUAUAUAAUUAAUUAAUGGAAUUAGCAAAUGUGAAAGACCAGCAAUAAAGAUAUUGUUAGGAAAUAAAAUAGAUUUAAGUAGAGAAGUGGGAAUUGAGUUGGGUCAACUAUUUGCUAGAAAAUAAAAACUAUUAUUUAAUGAAGUAUCAGCAAAAGAGAAUAUUAAUAUUGAAAAUGUUAUGAUAAAGUUAAUAGAAAUUUUGAUUGAAGCAAGAUAAAUAGAUUCUGGUGAUAAAAUAGUAAGAAGAGGAUCACUUGUAGAAGGUAAAUCAACAAAUGGAGACAUGUCAAAUAGUGGAAUAAGUAAAUCUACAAGACCUGUAUCAUACAAACCACCAGAAAAAGAUGUCUCAAUAUCUGAUACUUCUAAAUUAUAAGCUAUUAAAUCUGGUGGUGAAAGUUCAUAAGAAGAAUCUCCUUAUACUUCUGGUGCUGUAUUAUAAUAGACAUCUCCUCCUACUAUUAUUGUUACUCCACCUGAAGAUGUCAAUGUUGUUAGUCAAGAUGAUAAUAAUAUGUGGUUAUAUGAUUCUAAAUAAAAUAAAAUGAUGAAAAAGAAAUCAAAUUGUGUAAGUACUUUAGCUGUUCCUUUAAAAUUAGUACAUCCAAGAGAAUCUGAAAUGAUUAGGGAUGAAUAUCUGUUAAGACAUAAUAUCAAUCAGAGUUGUUUCUGUUCAUGUUGA